AUGGCGACCCAGUUUCCGCCUCCCAAGCGCCAAAAGUCGGCGUACUCCAGGAGUCUCCUUCCGACUCCGGUGCCCGAGCCCGCAGCGCCGAUCCCCACUGUCGUUGUGCAGUUCAAGAAUGCCGAGAGUGGGGAGAGCAUUGGGCCCGCGAUCAACCUCCCCGCCGAUACGGGGCGGGACGCGCUUCAGAUGCUCAUCAACAAGCUCAAGGGCGAGGAUGAGGACCCGAUGCCGUAUGCGUUCCACCUCGUUCCAAAGGAGGGUGCACGCGUCGCAAUCCACGAGAGCAUUAAUGCCGAUGCGCUGCCCAAAGGGUUCAGUCCCGAGGACAUUUUCGAGAUCUGGGCUGAGCCGCAGGCGGUAUUCCGCGUCCGUGGGGUUGGACGGUGUAGUGCUACCCUCACUGGACACGGGAGUCCGAUUCUGUGUGUGGCCCAGUCGCCAACUGGACGGUAUGCUGCUACUGGGAGCGGGGACGCUACGGCCCGGAUUUGGGACAUGGAGACCGAGACGCCCAAACAUACCCUUGCAGGACAUCGGGGUUGGGUGCUGUGUACCGAGUGGGACUCGGUCGAGAAGACGCUCGCAACGGGAGGACAUGACGGACAGGUGCGCCUCUGGGAUGCCAAGACUGGCAAGGGGAGCCAGCCGCUCACGGGACACACCAAGUGGAUCACUGCGCUUGCUUGGGAGCCACUUCACCUUGCGAAGGGUGACCACCAGCGACUGGCGAGUGCGAGCAAGGAUGGAACUGUGCGGAUUUGGAACACGGGCAGCCACAAGCUCGAGUUCGUGCUCACUGGCCAUGCGGCUAGUGUUAACGCCGUGCGUUGGGGUGGCGAGAACGUCAUCUACACCGGAAGUUCGGAUAGGACCGUCAAGGUGUGGUCGGGAGUUGAUGGCAAGUUGAUUCGCACGCUCAACGAGCACGCACACUGGGUCAACACUGUCGCUCUGUCGACCGACUUUGUGCUCCGUACGGGUCCCUACGACCACACAGGCAAGCAUCCCGCCGACCUCGCCGAGGCCAAGGCGCGUGCUCUGGCGCGGUAUCGCGCACAUGUUGCAACGCAACCUGAGACACUGAUCACGGGAAGCGACGACCACACACUCUUCCUGUGGCCCGACCAAGCCGCACCUCCGGUCAGCGGUAACCCUAAGAAGCCGGCUGCACGGCUCACGGGACAUCAGAAGCAGGUGUGCCAUGUCGCGUUUUCGCCCGACGGCAGGUUCGUCGCGUCGGCAGGGUUCGAUAACGCCGUCAAGUUGUGGGAGGGCAAGACGGGCAAGUUUGUCGCCUCUCUCCGCGGACAUGUGGCUGCCGUGUAUCGGGUUGCGUGGAGCGCCGACUCGCGAAUGCUCGUUAGUGCUAGCAAGGACUCGACACUCAAGCUGUGGAACCUCAAGACGUUCAAGAUUAAGAACGACCUGCCGGGGCACACGGACGAGGUGUACUGCGUCGACUUUGUGGCUGACAAGGUCGUGAGCGGAGGGCGCGACAAGACGGUCAAGAUCUGGCGUCACUAG